CUGAUCAUUUGGAUUGUCAGUUGUGUGUUCGCGGAACGAGUACACGGCAAUUAAGUACAAAGUAUAUAAAAUAACUAUAAUAUUUUGAAUGAUUAAAAACUUUUUCAAAUAUGGAAAAACUUAAAUGUCUUUUGUUUUGUAUAGUUGUAAGUUUGUGUUCAUGUGAUGGUUACAAGAUAUUGGUAGUGUUUUCAACGCCGAAUCCCAGUCACGGCAUCCUUGGUGACAAUAUGGUCAGACAUCUUCUUGAUGCUGGACACGAAGUAACUUAUUUAACGCCGUACAUAGAGACACAGAAUAAUAAGACAAAGAAUCUACAUUUAAUCGACGUUAGUAACACCCAAAAUAUAUCUGAAGAGACGAAAGAUAUACUGGACUUCAAACAGAUUAUAAAAGGGACAGUAGAUCUGCCAGAUUUUAAACUUAUGUUUGAACUUGUUUCGAAAAUCGGUGACAUGAUACUAGGCAACCCGAAUGUGCAAAAGCUUUUGAAGGAUCCACAGCAGAAGUUUGACGUCAUUAUUUCUGAAUACAUGUUCCAUGGAUUGUUUUCUACGUUCUCUGCAGUUUUCCAAUGUCCUUACAUCUGGUUCUCAACUAUAGAACCUCAUUGGAUAGCGUUAAACCUAGUAAGCGGUCCGAUGAAUCCAGCCUAUAAUGGUGACUAUCUUCAAGGUCGAAUUCCGCCAUUUUCUUUCAUGGGAAGAGUUCAGGAGCUUUGGACGCAAAUCCAAGGAUUAUACUAUUAUAAAUACGACUUUCACUAUACAGAGGAAGCCAUAUACCAAAAGCAAAUAGUCCCAAUCUUAAAGGACCAAGGUAAACCAGUGCCUGAUUACAAUUUGCUUAAAUACAACGCAUCGUUAAUGUUGGGCAACUCACACGUGGCUAUUGGUAACGCAGUGCCACUUCCACCAAUCUACAAGCACAUUGGUGGUUACCAUAUUAAUGAAGAAGUUAAACCAUUACCAGAGAACUUGAAGAAAAUUAUGGACAGUGCCAAGAACGGCGUGAUUUACUUCAGCAUGGGCUCAAAUUUGAAGAGCAAGGAAUUACCGGAUGACGUUAAGCAUGGUCUGUUGGAGGUAUUCAGAGGACUAAAGCAAACAGUCAUAUGGAAGUUUGAGGAGAAUCUACCAGAUCAGCCAAAAAAUGUCCACAUCGUGCAGUGGGCACCUCAGCAGAGUAUAUUAGCCCAUCCAAAUUUGAAACUGUUCGUCACUCAUGGUGGUCUCCUGUCACUUACCGAAGCAGUUCAUUUUGGAGUUCCAAUUAUUGUGAUACCAGUUUUCGCCGACCAGUUCCUCAAUGCAAACCAGGCUCGGAACAAGGGAUUUGCAGAAAGAGUGGACCUUUCUCACCACUUACAUAAGGACCUGAAAGUUGCUUUGGAUAAAGUCCUUGGUGAUUUUAACAGAUACUCUGGCAGAGCCAAAGAAGUAUCGGCAGCAUACCACGACAAUCCGAUCAAACCGGGAGUAGCGUUGAACUUCUGGGUGGAGCACGUGGUGCGCACGCGCGGCGCCCCACACCUGCGCUCAGUGGCGCUACAGGUGCCGCUGUACCAACAAGCGUACCUAGAUCUAUUAGCUGUACUUCUAGCAGCUGCUGUAGCUAUAUUACUAGUAGUUAGAAGAAUUUUGAGUUUAUUGACUUCGAAGAGAACGAAGCUGAAGAAGAAUUAAAUGGGCUAUAACUGAAGUUGUUACCAUAAAUGACGCCAGUGCUUUAAGAUGUGAGAAAACGGAUAGGUAUUAUUUAUUUUGUUGAAUUAAAUAAGUACUAUUUGUACUCUGUUAAGUUGUUGUCAAUAAAAUAGUCAGUGUUAU